AAGAAACCCCGAGCAAAAAAACCUUAUCUUUAUCCUAUCCCAUUCCCAAUCCCACCUCCACCUUCGAGCGAGAGCGAGAGAAGGAAGACGAAGAAGAUGCUGCUGGGCUCCUCCUUCGCGUCGCCGUUCACCCAGCUCCACCUCUCGGCGAGCCCCAAUGCGGGGGCGGGGGCGCGGCCGGCGGCGGCGGGGAUGGUGCUGCGGAUCGAGGCGGCGAAGCAGCUGACGGGGCGGGUGGUGACGACCAAGGCGAACAAGACGGUGGGGGUGGAGGUGGCGCGGCUGAGGCAGCACCCAAAGUACCACCGCCGGGAGAAGAUCAAGAAGAAGUACCAGGCGCACGACCCCGACAACCAGUUCAAGGUCGGCGACGUCGUCGAGCUCGUCCGCUCCCGCCCCAUCUCCAAGACCAAGCACUUCCUCGCCGUCCCCGUCCCGCCCCGCGACACCCGCCGCAAGGCCCAGCUCCUCCCGCCCCUCGAGUCUCAGUCCGGCCAAGAAUCCGCCGCCGCCGCCGCCGAGGAGACCGCCGCCUAGUGAUGCUUCCUGCUUUUGCUUUCCGCCGUUCUCUUCUCUGUUAAUUAAUCGUCGUCGUUCCCUUUGCUGCUGCUCCCUGUAGACUGAACUCCAAUACCAUUAUGUACCACCUGGCUCUGAAUUUCGUUUCUUUUUCCAAGAAUUAAUCGUGUACCUAAUUGCAUUUUUGGAGUAUUAUCUAUUUUCGAAA